AUGCCGGCGUUUUCCAUUUGCAGAGUGAGUUCCAUGUUCCCAUCGUCGAGAAUGGGCUCGUUUGCGGCACUCCUGGUGGUGGUGGUCUCCAUGCUCCUCUCGAGCGCAUCCGCUUUCCGCACCGAGCCCAGUGCCGUCGUGGCACCGUCUCGACGAGGAGGGGCCAGAGAGCACCCACUGGAUACGGAGGAAGGUCGCCGAAGCAGCCGCGUGGGCACGGGGCCGACGGGGCCAGGUGAGACGCCCUGGCUCCUUCCGACCGAGAACGAGGGAAUGGAACCCCGUCCCCCGCAUUGGCGUGGCCAGCGUGCUGUGGACUGGGACGAGGUCCAGAAGGAUUCCCCGAAUGCGAAGGAGAUCCUCAUCGCUGUCGGAGGCGGUACGGGUGCUGGAACUGGGACGGGAAGCGCGAAGAUGGACCGGGACCUUAUCCGUCGUAUGCGCUACCAAGACAAAGUUGUGCUGGUCUUGAUGCUUGCGGCAUAUUUCAUCGCCUUGAUGUUCACCGCGAGCUUGGCUUAUCGUCAGGCGUCCAACAGCUCGCCGGUGCGCUUCUACGGCGAUCCGCGUGUGGAAGACCUGAUGACAGACAAUGCCGAUGCCGACGACUUCCUCCACGUUUUUGCGCAGCCUCCGAGGAGCGUUCAGCUUUGCAUCCAGGGCAUGCUACCUGUACCUACGCUGCUGGCUCAUCUCGUCGAUGGUUCCCUGGAGUGGCAAGGAUGCUUCUAUCGGCACGUCUUCAGUUUCGGUCUGGAUUUGUCGCCUUUCAUCGUGCAUGAGGAGGAGGGUCGAUCUAGUGGCUUGGAGGCUGAUGAGGUGGAGACUCUGAGGAAGUUCCUCAGGGAAGAUACCAACGACCUCGCCACAGUUCAGCUGAUCAAGGAAGUAUCGUGGGAUCGCUGGGAGGAGCUGGCCACGAACAUCAAGCACAAGAUUCGUCAAAAAGGCUUCGACGGCCUCAUCCACGUGAGCUGGAGAAAUACAGAGACGCUGACAGUCUACAAGAACAGAACUUGGGCAAACUUCCUCCACCGUGGUAUCACCCGCGUGUUGCUGGCCCUCAGCGUCGUCGGCUACAUGUGGUAUGCUCCGUACAUGCACUUCCGCCAGCGAGGCCCCGAGGUGCAUCCGAAGUUCAAGGUCGAUAUCGACAUCGAGAGCUACUGGCAGCUCAUUGGCGAGAAGAUCAAUGAGAGGGGCUUUGAUCCUCAGUAG